AUGGAAAAAUUUGAAGAGUUAAAGAUCGGAGGUCGGAUUGUGGAAGAUCUCGAACAAGCUUUUACCGCAUUCAAAGCUGGUUUGAGGGUUACAAAAGUCCUAAAAAGAAUAUUUUGCAUAUUGGGAUUCGACGAAAGAGACGAAACGCGGGAAGAAUUUGACAAUUCACUUGAAUUUGAAACUUAUAAAGCCGAUGAUCUUGCUAAUGACGACAACGAAGAUACUUCUCCUUUAUUUAUUGUUAGACGCAUUCCUGCACUCCUAAGGUAG